AUGACAGACCCAUCCAGUGCCGCCAGCACUGCCAACACUGCCAACACCAUGCCGGCCCCACUCUCCCCAACGCUCUCUACCACCUCAUCAUCCGCUUCUACCACAGCCACUGUCAUCGACACGCACCCGAACCCCAAAUCCCUGAUCAACCUGGGCAAGCAGCUGAAAUACCUCUCGAUCGGUCUCGCGCUCACGCUCUACUUCCAGGUGUAUCAGCAUCUCGCGGAUGCUCUGAGCUUGGGCAUUGCUGGGUCGAACCCGGCAAAGCUGGCGCUGCUGUCCGUGGUGCUGAUGGCGGGCACGGUGGUGACUUUCACAUGGGUGAUUUUGCUGCCUGCGAGAGGGUAUGCGGUCAACUAUGUCGAUUGGCGACGCGAUGUGCACUUGGCGAAAGCGAUCCCACUCCUGACGGCGUGCAUUAUCGCCGGCUGGACGACGCUUCUUCUCACCCUAAGCCCGCUCGGCGCGCCCGCGCCACCCACAGCAUCCAUCCGCACGCGCCUGAGCCAAGCCGCAGCCUACACGGGCCUCGACAGCCUGCAAACGCGCAUCAACGCCAUCCCAGCCAGCUACUUCCCCACCGCCACCAACCCCAAGGCGAGCUGGGACAAGAUCGCCGCGUUCCUCCCACACAAGGACUCGGCAUCCACCCUGCAGACCUACUUCGAUCAGCUCUCCCACCGAGCCGACGAGUGGUCCGCCAGCAACAUCAAGACCAUCGGCUGGACCGGCGCCCUGCUCGGCUCCAUAGGCGCCUACUUUGCCGUCUUUGGCACCGUCGGCUUGAUCGGCUUCCUCGCGCCCGACAACCGCCCCAACAAACUCAAGUCCUUCUAA